AUGUCAUGGACUCCAGUUCCACUGUCUGAGGAUGAGCUGGCUUAUUAUUCCAAGGAGCUGAACCUCACCGAGGAGCAAGUCUUGGAGUUCAAACAGGUCUUUGAUGAAUACAUGGAAGACCUGGAUGGCGCGCUUACGCGUCGGAAUAUCGUGAACUUGGUGCGUGCCGUCGGGCUCAAUCCCUCCAAGGCUGAUUUGCAAGCGAUCAUCAAACAGGCACCUGGCACACUCGCCCCUCAAAGGAACUGGUUAUGCUUAAUCCGACGCAUGACAUGA